AUGCCUCUUCACAGCUCCAACUCGCCUCUCUACCUCAUCUUUUUCGCUUCGGGUUCCCCAUCCUGGUGUCCAGACUGUCGAUCCAGUCUGCCCCUUCUCCAAUCCAUCUUUUCCUCCUCUUCCUCUUCCUCCUCUCCUCAAGCUUUCCUGCUGACUGUGGAUAGACAAGAGUGGAAGGAUGAGGAAAAUCUGCACGUAUUCAGGUCAAGGUGGAAUGUGCAGUGCGUACCUUGCAUUUUGAGAUUGGAGAAUGUGAGUUUUGACGAUGAGUGCGCUUGAAAGGGCAAUCUGCUCAAGGGUGGGGCAUGGGGGGUAGACAGAACGCAGGAUGAAGCGCUGCUUCAUAUUGAGCAUGUUCCAGUGACAAGGGCACAAGAUCUCAAACGCAGUACUGAGUGGGGUACGCUUGAUGCUCACCAAUGUCCAAAAUGGCCCUGUUCUCAGGGCAAAGAGGUGGCCAGACUGGAUGAUGAGGGAUGCAAUUCAGAGGAGAAGCUGCGCAAGUUUGUCGCAUGA